CUUCGCACACACUCGCUCUAUCUUCUCCGUAUGUCUUCAACAUCCAGGUUCUGUUGUUCUUAGCCAGGACCAAAACCUUGUACCCUAAUCUUUCAAUCUUGUACAAAUGGCAUCUAUCAAUUUCAAUUUCUUCGACAACUGGUUCAAUAAGCCCCCGAACCCACUUCCUCCUAUCAACCUUCUUCCGUUUAUCCGCUCUCUAUCCACUAAAUCCUGUCACACCACUAACUUCGCUUCUAUUGGCGUGUCAAAUCCAUUUAACAAACCCAAGAAACCCGAACCAGAGUCCAAACAGCCGGGUUACUGGCAGCAAAUGCUGGACCAGUACUUCUGGGAGGACGAAAACCAACCCGACUACCGUCACGCUCCUGAAGUUGAGAAGAUCCUCAACGAACACCCAUUUUUAGAGAAAAAAGAAAACCCAACUGAAGAAGAAAUCAAAGAAAAUGAGAAAUGGUGGGAGGAGUUUACGUCCAAUCCGGUGGUUAAGUUUUUGGCCCGAGCUGAGGAAAUUGCCGAUAAGAUGAACGAAAUGGAGCUGAAAGCCAACCAGCUUCCCUACCGGUGGGAGGACAGGAAGAUGUGGCAAGCAGUGCCUCACGUCAUUGGGCCGGACGGACGGCCUAUGCCGAGAAAGGCGAUACAUACGAAGCAAGAGAGUGACGAUAAGUUUUGGGAUUUUGCAAGGCAGUUCUUUUUUGGGCUUUGGGGGUUUAGACAGAGGCCCUACCCAUCUAGCCGACCAAUUGAUGUUGCUCAAGCUAUUGGCUACAAGCGGCUGGAGAAGCGAUACUAUGACUUUAUCAUGAAAAGUGGAGGGUUUUACUACAAGGAUCGCUUGGGCCGGACACGAGGACCAAUGGAGCUAAUACAACUUAAAACUGCAUGGGGUGCUGGUAUAAUUGAUAAGGACACUUUCAUAUGGGGUGAUGACAUGGAUGAAUGGGCACCCAUACACAUGAUUUAUGGCAUGGAACGCGCAAUUGCCACUUGGGAAGUUAGACUUGCUGCAGCAGCAACAGCUUUUCUACACAAACUCCAGAAAGGAAUUCCUCCUUGGGUUCCUCUCAAGGGACAUGAGAAGAAAACCUAUAAGCAGUUGCAACAAGAGGCUAUAGAGAGCAAAAGACGUGACUUAGCUGUUUUGGAAGCUAAUGAUGGUGUAUGGCCAGGAGUUAGAAUUCCCAGCCAUGCCUUAUUCCUUUGGGCAAGUGGUUCUGAGCUUACUAUUGUUUUGGAAGCUGACCAUGUGCCUAACAAAUACAUUCCAAAAGAUCUCAGGCUCCAAUUGGCUAAAAUUAUCCCUGGUUUAAGGCCUUGGGAGGUUCUAAGUGUUGAGCAAGCAAUGGAUAAAAUAACAUUUGGCGGAAAGUGGUACCGUGAGCCUCUUGGCACCUACACAACAGGUCCUCCAUACAUCAGGCAUUGGAACAAGGAUGUCAAGAGAAUAUUCCGCAUUUUCUACACUCUCAGCAUCCAAGUUUACAACAAAUUGGAGAGGACAAUUCCUGGUUUCAAUACUAUAAUAGAGAAAGUCCAGGCUGAUGCUGCUGCCAGGGAUGCCAGACGUAAGGAGAGGAGGGAGGCACAAAAGAAAGUUGAGCAGGAAAUGAUGUUAAACAGACGGCUUAAGAUUGAUCCAUAGUGUCAUUACAAUUUUGAAGUUCGUGAAUUUCAGACAAUCUGAUGGUGGCAUCUAGUGUGGCACCAGGGCAGUUCACAUAGGCAAGUGGAAACUGGAAACUUAUUUGGGUCCACGACGCACAUACAAAGAACCCUGAUGCGUUAGUCCUCUCCUACUUGCUAGUGCUGCAGAUCUUGAGUCACCUUCAACAAUCUCUCCAUGCCUUAUGCAGGCAAUUUUAGCAUCAAAAUGAAGGAACAUCAAACGCUUUGUACUGCAUGGAUCACCAUUGUGACCCAUCUAAAACACAAAGAUGGAGUUAAAUCUUAUUACAUAUUUUUUUUGGAAGCAAGCUGGACUAAAUCUAUUUAUGGUUGCAGUGUUUUUACCCAA